UAGUUUAUGUUUUGACCUAAUUCUUUCUGUGCAGAUUGUUUGGCAGCCAUACACCGACGAUCUCCUCAGAUCCAUACCCUCCCAGUACCUUGCGGGUUCAGAAGUUUGGCGUGCUCGGGUACCCUUGAUUUACUACAACAUUGUGGAGUGGCACCAGCCAGAUAGAGUAUUGCAGCAGUUUGGGCUUAUUCAGCCUAUCCCUCUGGCCCCAGUGCAAGAUCACCGCCUCCAUUCCCUCCUUUACAAGAGCAGCAACAACUACAUGGAGAUCCUCGGGUAUUACGUACUGAUUUGGCUCCACAGGGAGUCACAUGUCGUUGGCGGUUACCGUUUUGAGCGUCCACCAUACUACCAUUCCCAGUACAUGGAGUGGUAUCGGAGACACACCCGGAGGUGGAUUACCUGGCAGGGUGCAGCUGACGGUUCGAGUCGUGAUCUGGCGGAGAUGGUCCACGUCCGGAGAUCUAGCCGUGACUCCAUAAUUGGGUCCGCUGCACGCAGUUCACAAAUGGCGUACAUGGAGGAUCGUCGGGAUGUCACUCUUCCACCGCCUGAGCCAGCAGUCCCGGCAUUUGUACUGCCUCCUCUCCCUCCUUUGACGGUCGACUUGGAUUCCAUUCACGGUCGUCGUAGACAACGGCCUACACCACGCCAGUCUCGCCAGCGGCCAGAUCAGCCUAUACCGCCCCCUGUGUACUAUCAUUACGAUGCAGGAGAGAGCUCGCAGACGCGACAGAACUAUUGCGGGCCUACUCAGUUUCAGGGUGACGGUUCACAGUUUCAGCAGCACUCGCAGGUCCCUCCGACCUCAUCGUUUCCGGUACCACCGUCAUCCGGGCCGUUCUUUUACUCCUCUGAACAGACGCCGUAUACCACUCCUCUGACAGAGCCGGCUCAGUAUCGACAGGCUACACCACCCCCAUUUCAGGCACCUCAGCAUGGUCAACCUUCUGCCCCCUCUGAUCAGGGUUACCGGCCCGUGUUUUCUUGGCUCGAUCAACCGUCAGUGUCACAUUCGCGUCCCUCCCCUUCCACCCCGGUCGCGGAUCCGUCGCAUAUGUUUUUUUUGAUAUCAGAGGCUUGGUUGAAUAGUCCAGGUCUCGGGGAGGGGGGCUCUUUCGAGGCGUUACAGUCCGGUAGUAUUCAGUUUUCGGGUCCGUCCUUCAGCCUCCUUCCGCAGUCACAGGAGGCACCGACUACUGCACCGGCUGCAGAUGAUCAGGAGCUAUCCCUAGACGAUGAUCACGAGAGCGAGGGCGCGCCAGGUGACAGACCGGGUGAUAGACAGUAUCGCGAUCUUACUGAGAGCAGUCUGCGCCGCAGGCAAGAUAUGGGGUACGAUAUGAGGACUCAACUGGAGAAGAACACUAGAUAUCGAGAUUAUUUAUGAUUUUGUUGUUUUUAGUAAAACACUAUCAACUUUGUAAUCCUACUUUAUUUUAUCGACUUUGUAAUUAUAUUAUUUGUGCAAUUUAUAAUUUUUACUUUAUUUUA